AUUAUUUUUUUUUUUAUGUUGUGACUCUUUUAAAAACUAUAAAAUUGCAUUUAAUUAUUUUAAGUUUAAAUAUGCUAAUAAACAAGCGUACCUACCUAAAAUCUUUUAAUUUUGUGUUUUUAAUCUACAAGUGCUUAAAAAAUUAUUUUUAACUGUUUAUCUUAAAAUAUAAGUAAAUAAUAUAGAAUAAAAUAUGCUCUAACAUUUAAUAUAAGCUUUGUAUUUUCUCUAAAAACAUAACAGAAAAAUGUCUGAACCAAGUAAGUUAACUUCAAGAUUACAUGUCUCAACGAUCGAAUGGGAUAUGAUGGACAAGACAAAAUUUUUGCCAUUAAGUAUGUUAAGCUCAUUUUGUGUUCGAUGUACUCUCUAUCCAUUGACUUUAAUAAAAACAAGACUUCAAAUUCAAAAACAUGGAGAAAUGUAUAAAGGUUUGCUAGAUGCCGCUAGUCGUAUUUAUCAUACAGAAGGUAUGUCAGGACUUUAUCGUGGAUUUUGGGUAAGUUCUGCCCAAGUAUUAUCUGGUGCAGCUUAUAUUGGCGCAUACGAACAAACUAGGCAUAUGACGGCUCCAUAUUUACAACAAUGGCCUGAAAUUAGAUCAAUGGUCGCGGGAGGUGUGGCAUCUGUUUUUGGCCAAACAAUAAUUGUACCUUUUGAUGUGGUCAGCCAACAUUUGAUGAUGCUUGGUUUAUCAACUAAUAGUACAGACAAAAAUAAAAUAAUAUAUUUUCGUCCACUGGGUAUUCACUUGGACAUUUCAAAAUCAAAAUUUCGUACCACAUUAGAUAUUGCUCAAUGUGUUUAUCAACAAGACGGGUUUAAAGGAUUCUACAGAGGUUAUGUGGCUUCGGUUUGCACUUAUGCACCAAAUAGUGCUUUAUGGUGGAGUUUUUAUACAAUAUUUCAAGAUCAACUUGAAAAAAGAUGUCCAGUGAGCACUUCACUUUUAUUUUUGCAAAGCAUUUCAGGAGUAUUAGCUGGGUUCACUACUACUCUGAUAACAAAUCCUAUGGAUACAAUAAGAGCACGAUUACAGGUUCAAAGAACAAACUCUAUUGUUGGUACAUUCAAUGCCUUGUGGAAAGAAGAGGGCAUGUUAAUGUUCAGUAAAGGACUUUCUGCCAGAUUGGUCCAGUCAAUUUGUUUUAGUUUUACGAUUAUUUUAGGUUACGAGAGCAUCAAAAGAGUCAGUGUACUUCAUGAGUAUAAAGAUCAUGUACGGUGGUAGUGUGAAUCAUA